AUGAUGGGACUUCAGCUGGACUUUGUCAACUUCUUGUCACCUUUGGCGGCCAAAGACUACAUGAAGAGUGCAGAGGCUCUCCAACAAGACUGUGACGUGACGGAGUGGCGGCUUGGUCACCGCAACACUUGUCGCGCCACCAGAUGGAGUUUAUUUGCUCCAGCCAGUGGAGCCCAGUCCAUGUUGAACGCCAUGAUGGAGGCAGUGGAGACGCCUUUCAGCCUGGUAAUCCUCAGUUCGGCUGUGCCCUCCUUGAAGGAACUGCAGAGCCUACGUCGGGUGGUGCAAAGUCGACAGAUCCUGGGUGCCUUUGGACCCAGCAUCGGCCACAGCCUCUGCCUUCAACAGUCCUGCUGGUUGACGCACUACCACUUGGACUUUGCCUCGGACUACGAAUACAGUGUGAUCUUCGAUGAAGCCUCUGCUUCUUCGAUCAGGGGAAGCUGGUUUCAUGAGGAAAAGGUGGAAGACAAAGAAGGUCCCUGCAAACUUUGCGAGACCUUGGGGCCGACGUUCCUGGCUCAUAGUGAUGCUCUGCGUACUGUAGCAUUUCACCCAGAGCUGGAUGGAGAGUGGGCCCUCUUAGACUUCUCCAUCCGCGCCACACGGACGCCUUUGCUGCAGGUGGAGUCUGUGAGCUCAUCGUCUCGGCCCGGUUGGCGCCAUCAGGGCGGUCACUUCGCAGCGUGUCCCCAUGCGGUUCUGGAGGAGGAGAUGUCUCUCACAGGGCCACACCUUUAUGGGCGAAAUGAUGUGCCGAAGGGGGUGGCCCCCAACUUCCAGUGGUUCGGUGAUGAGGCAUCGGCGCUGGGAGACGUCGCCAAGGCCACGGCCAGCAGGUUGAAACCCGAGAAAGUGGCCCGUGUCUUCAUGGAGAGCAACCACUUAAAGGACUUCACAGGUCCGGAGGGACAGAAGCGACACUUCGGCUGUAGCCUCUCAAAGGUGAACUGCCCCGUGCCCGAUUGGGUGUACCGCGGAUGGGCUGUGCCUCCUUGUUGCAAGGAGACCAUGCGGCACCUGCUGUUCUACAUCGAUGCUGUUUUCAAGGAGCUGGGAGUACGUUACAUUGUGACUGAUGGAGUGCUUCUGGGUUCCUACAAGUUCGGCGGCAUGUUGGACUGGGAUGCAGAUGUGGACCUGCACAUUCACAACGAUGACUUCCACUUGUUGGAGGAUGUGGUGCAGCAUCGGGUGAAGCAGGAUGGUCACUUCUUGAGAAAACAUGCCAAUAAUCGGUCUUGGCUGCUGCAGGCGAAUGAGCAGAACUAUCUCCUCAUUGAGUUGAACCUCCGUGAGGAGCACUGGGAUCCUGAACGUGUUUGGCAAGUGCCAGUUCAAGGUCAUCUCUUCCCUGCAAUGGAAGAUGCACAUAUGAACCUCUCAGCAUGGUAUGGUAUGUCAUUCUUCAAGCAUCGCUUGCGCCACGUGCCCGAAUGGGAGGAGGCCAUUUGCAAAAUGUCAAUGCUUGCGACGGAAGACUGCGCAUGGAAACGGCAUAUCAACCGCAGGUGGACCAUGGUGGACCCAGAAGCCGGUCGGAUUGAACCCACCAAAAGCCCACUGAGGCCGUACCACUACAACUGCGUGGAUGAGCCCAAUGUGGCCAGCGGCAAAGACUGUCGGGUCUCCCUUUUGGUGCCAACGCGACCUGAGAAGGAUCCCAUCGCACGUGUGCAGGACGCAGUGGAGCAAUGGUGUUUGGACGAAGGCCUUGACGGAUUAAGAGGCGGCCACUUGAGGACCGCCUUCCCUCCGCGAAGCUACACCGAUCGCGAGCAGAGCAUGUCUGUGGCUUGGCUGGUGACAGGGACUCACUUCCCAGAUGGGGGACGCUCAGCUUGUUCCCAGCGCAACCCUUUUCGUGGCAAUCUCCGAGAAGAGCUAGGAUGCUCUUGCACCUACCCGCCCAUGAGCAAAGAGAAGUUGCACAAAGGGGAUGAGGAGUUCUGGUUGAAUCUGGACCCGUACACUGCAAACAAGCUGCUGGCGAAGAAACCUGAUGGUGAGCGAGAGUUUGGCGACGCCUUUCACCGGUUUGAGGUGGCUAAGGGACAUUUCUCGGACUCUCUCGAGAAGAUGCGAGAGAAGUACACGGAUUUGGCCAUCGCACGUCGUGAUUUGGAAUCAAGCCAGUUGGGUGCUGCCUGGGAACAUUUCAGCAAAUGUCGACCACUCAGCAAGAAGUAUGGUUUGUACCUCCCAUGUCACGAGAAUUUCAAAGCUGCCAUGAGACUUUACCGUGGACUGCUGCAGAAGCCCAGCUGCCCCGUGGGUGCUUCGCUACCCUUGCGUCCUGCGGCUAGCCCACUGCUGGCCCUUGCACCCGGUGUCGCCGAGGAGUCCGUGGGGAAGCAGCGCGGCGCAGCGUUUCUCUGA